AUGAAUUAAUGCAUUAUAUGGAUAAAGUUUUUGUUAAAUAAAUGCUUAACUAUCUUCUAAUAUGCUAAAAUCCGAAACAAUAGUACACAUUAUUAGAUGCAAGAAUUUAAUUAAGUAGAAUUGAACUUAGAUAAAGAUAUUGAUAAUAAUCUAAAAGAAGAAUUAAAAAAAGAAAGUAUUUUUACAUUUUAAAUAUUUUCUAAGAUUAUGAGACUGAAUUAGUGGCCAAUGAUUUGGAUAAUAGAAUAGAAUAACAAAAUUAAUAAUUAAUAGAGAAAUAGGAAAUAAUAGAAGUACUUCCUUAAACUAUUGAUAUAAGCAGUGUUAGAUAAUUUAUAGAAACGACUCCAAAUGUUGAUUUAAAUAAUAUAGAGUUUUUGAUUGAAUUAGGAAAUCAAUCAUUUUAAAUUUAUAAUACAAUUCUAUAUGAUUAUGAAGGAUAUGAAUAACUUGAAGAUAAUUAAGAUGAAUUUAGUUUUUGGAUCAAAUAUAUAGAGACUCCUGAAAAAUUCUAAAUUCAUCAAAUGAGAUAUAAAUAUACACUUAAUACAACUAUUUAGAAAUAUAUUGAAUUUAUGAAAGAUUUAGAAAUGUAAAAAAAACUAGAUACCUCUAUUGAUUAAUUUGAAUAGCAUUAUUCAAAUAGUUAAAUAAGAAUUAAUUAUCUUAGAUAUAAAAAGAUCCUUUUUAUGGAUCCACGUGAUUUUCUAUUUAUAAAUUAUUCAAAAUUUAUUGAUGAAAAUACCUUAUUUGAAAUAAGCAAAUCAAUUGAAAGUGAUGAAUUUUAACCUUUGUAAUUUAUGAUUAAUAUUAUAUAGUAAUCCAUCAACUAAAUCUACAACUAGAGCCUAUUUAUUAUUGAGUGGAAAUUAUAUAAGAUAAAUAGAGGACAAUAAAUUAGAAAUAUUAACAUAUUCUGAAUGCAAUAUGAAAUUAAAAUUAAAACCAAUAAUGACUAAAACAGCAAGCAAAAAUGAGAUUAAGAAAUUAAUAAAAAAGUAUCGUGAUCAUUUUAAUUAGUAAUGA